AUUGUAUGAAAUUUAAUGAGGAAAUUUCCCGGGGCACCGUGUCACAACUUUCUGUGCGGUGUCAAGUUACACGGAGACAAGAUAGUGACCCACAUUACACAACACAGCAUUGACUCGUGGGGCCGCGGUUGGGCCCUGCUGAGCGUCUCUGACAAGACUGGACUGGUGGACUUUGCUAAGAAGUUGUCUGCCCUUGGUCUGGAGCUGGUAGCAUCCGGCGGAACAGCCAAGGCAAUCCGGGAUUCUGGCCUUAGCGUCAGGGAUGUGUCUGAGGUGACCGGCGCCCCGGAGAUGCUGGGUGGCCGGGUGAAGACACUCCACCCAGCUGUACAUGGAGGAAUCCUGGCCCGGUGUACUGAGUCUGAUCAGGCUGACCUUGACAAGCAGGGCUUCAAAAUGAUCAGAGUUGUGGCGUGUAACCUCUACCCCUUUGUGAAGACUGUAGCCAACCCCGACACCACUGUAGCCCAGGCCGUGGAACAGAUCGACAUAGGGGGCGUCACCUUGCUGAGGGCGGCUGCCAAGAACCAUGCACGCGUGACCGUCGUGUGUGACCCCACAGAUUACAGCAAGAUCUGUGACGAGAUGAGUAGCUCCAAUAACAAGGACACCACAGAGGUCACGAGGCAGCAGAUGGCAGUCAAGGCAUUCAACCACACAGCUGAGUACGAUGCGGCCAUCUCCGACUACUUCCGACGGGAGUAUGGCAGCGAAAGCUCCCAGCUGACACUCCGGUAUGGGAUGAAUCCUCACCAGAAACCCGCUCAGAUCUACACCCCCCUGCCACAGCUACCUCUCACAGUGCUGAACGGGGCCCCGGGCUUCAUCAACCUGUGUGAUGCCCUCAAUGGCUGGCAGCUGGUCCGGGAACUGAGGCAAGGUCUGGAUCUCCCUGCUGCCACGUCCUUCAAACACGUCAGUCCGGCAGGUGCGGCUGUGUCCACUCCACUCACACCAGAACAAGCACGACUCUGCAUGGUGGAUGACAUGGCAGAGUUGUCUCCCCUGGCUAUAGCAUACGCAAGAGCUAGAGGUGCCGACAGGAUGUCAUCUUUUGGAGAUUUUGUUUCCCUCUCUGAUGAGUGUGACGUAUCUACAGCAAAGAUUAUAUCUCGAGAAGUUUCUGAUGGAGUUAUCGCCCCAGCUUAUCAACCUGCAGCACUGGAGAUUCUCAAAAAGAAGAAGGGUGGAAAGUAUUGUGUUUUGCAGAUUGACUGGACGUACAACCCUCCGGAGCUGGAGACCAGGACAUUAUUUGGGCUCCAGAUGCAGCAAAAGAGGAACGAUGCUGUUAUUGACAAGAACCUCUUCUCCAACAUCACCUCUAAGAGGAAGGAGCUGCCGGAGGAGGCUGUGCGAGACCUGAUAGUGGCCAGCAUUGCUCUGAAAUACACUCAGUCUAACUCUGUGUGCUAUGCCCGAGAUGGUCAGGUGAUCGGUAUCGGCGCCGGCCAGCAGUCUCGCAUCCAUUGUACCAGACUUGCAGGGGAGAAAGCCAACAACUGGUGGUUGAGGCAGCAUCCCAAGGUGCUCGGGAUGCAGUUCAAGAAGGGCGUGAAGCGAGCAGAAAUCUCUAAUGCCAUUGAUGUCUACGUAUUGGGAACAGUGGGUCAGGACAUGGACCAGGCAACAUGGGAGAAUCUAAUGGAGAAUCCACCAGCGCCACUCACAGAGGAGGACAGGACAACGUGGGUCUCAAAGUUGAAGGGCGUGUCACUCAGCUCCGACGCCUUCUUCCCCUUCAGAGACAACAUUGACAGAGCUUUCCAGAGUGGCGUGGAGUACAUUGCCUCUCCCGCCGGGUCCACCAAUGACCCUGCCAUCAUCCAAGCUUGUGAUGACCACAACAUCACCCUGGCCCACACAAACCUUCGUCUCUUCCACCAUUAGCGCUGACUCGGCAUGAACAUCCGGCUGGGAUAGUGAGUCCUUCUUUGGGAGAUGGUGCUGCCAGUUUUGUCCAAGAGGUCCAGAUCUGUCUCGUUAAUCCAAAAUAUAUUCUGUGUAUUCAUUCCGCAGAAAUGGUGUCUGUUUUCACAUUCCGAGUUGUCAUGAUUUAAAUGAAGCGGUGUAUUUUAUGACAGCUGUUACUGUGCUUGGCUUUUUGCAGACUACAGGUUACAUGUUAUUAUCCCCCGCCACGAAGUGGAAGGGGGAUAUAGGAAUGGGUGCUGUCCGUCCGUCCGUCACAUUUCGUUUCCAGAGCAGAUCUUGAAAACCAUACUAUAUUUCUUCAUCAAACUU